UCAUAGUCUUGUUCGCUAUAUAACAGCAGGUAACAGCCACAGUCUUCACUUUACCAAGGUGCUUCAACUGAGCAGCAGAACCAGCAAAAUGGUCCGAGUUAUCACCAGCAUUCUCCUGCUCGCUCUGGCGGCACUUGCCAUCCAGGCGGCACCUCUCGAGUCCAAUGCUAAGCCCGCUGCCCAGCUUGCUGCUGUGCAGCCCGCUGAGAAGCCCGCUGACAAGCCCGCUCCCAAGCCCGCUGCCCAGCCUGCUGAGAAGCUCGCUGAGAAGCCCGCUGAGAAGCCCGCUGAGAAGCCCGCUGAGAAGCCCGCUGUGAAGCCCGCUGAGAAGCCCGCUGAGAAGCCCGCUGCCAAGCCCGCUGAGAAGCCCGCUGAGAAGCCCGCUGAGAAGCCCGCUGAGAAGCCCGCUGAGAAGCCCGCUGAGAAGCCCGCUGACAAGCCCGCUGAGAAGCCGGCUGAGAAGCCCGCUGAGAAGCCCGCUGCCAAGCCCGCCGCCCCUGGCCCUAAAACCAAGCGCGCUGCUCCUGCCUCAGAGCCUAAGCCCGCUGAGAAGCCCGCUGAGAAGCCCGCUGAGAAGCCCGCUGAGAAGCCCGCUGAGAAGCCCGCUGAGAAGCCCGCUGAGAAGCCCACUGGUAAGCCCGCUCACAAGCUCGCUGCCAAGAAGCCCGCCGCUAAGUCAGCUGUCAAAGCUCUCCUCAGGGCUGCCGCUACGUCCGCCCAGCAGCCUGCCGACAAGUCUGCCGAGAAGCCCACCCAGACUUCGGCCGUGAAGCCAAAGCACCCCAAGAAGCACACCAAGAAACACGCCAAGAAGCACGGCAACAAGUCCGCUCAGAAGCACGCCAACAAACCUGCCGAGAAGCCCGCAAAGAAGCUCGCCCAGAAGCCCGCUGCUCAGCCUGCCGCUAAGCCCGCGUCAAAGCCAUGAAGCCGUGAAAAACUAUGUAACUCACAACUCUGUUAAAAUCUGCUUUGAAACAUCGGCAUUAAAAGUGUGAUAACUCGUAACUGGAA